AUGACGAAAGUAGCUGGACUAUCCGAAUCAAAUGCCGGAUUAGUAAUGCUAAUUGGUCAAUUGUCAGAUGCUUUAGGCACGCUAGCAACGGGUUACCUUUGUGAUAAAACAAAGAUUACAUGGUAUGGAAAACGAAAAUUUUGGCAUGGCAUCGGAACUUUAGCCGGUGUAAUCGCUUUUCCAUUUGUUUUCAAUACGUGUAUUAAUUGCAACGGUUCAGGAGAGAAGAUAAAACUAGCUUACUACUUAGCUUUCAGUAUUAUGUUUGGAAGUGGCUGGGCCGCAACUCAGAUAGCCCAUCUGUUUUUAAUCCCUGAAAUUACUUCCAAAGAAAGUCAAAGAGUAGAGCUAAAUGCCAUAAGACUACCUUUACCUAGAUCUGGGUUCACAUUUGCUUGUGGUAUAUUUAUUUAUGGUGCAACAUGGUUGUUACUCGGUACAGCAGAUGGAAACAUGAUUGAUCCUUCUGUGUCUAAACAAUUCACGGUAGGUGGAAAUUUUAUGUUAAGGACGUAUAUACUAGUUUUCAUUGUAAUUGGUACUGGCUUAGUCUUCUGUUUUAUCUUCCAUGUUGGUACAAAGGAAAAACGUUAUGUACAAACAUUGAAAGGCAAAAUAGAUAAGCUUUCAGUUGAGAUCAGCGGUUCUGAAAAUGCAGUAGAAAUUGUUGUCGGUAAAGAAGAGAAAAGCAUAACAUGGAAAGCUUGGUUAAAACACAGUCAAUUUUACAAGGUUGCACUGAUGUAUGUGACAGCGAGACUAGCCAUCAGUGUUUUCCAAUCUUAUUUUGCAUUGUACCUAACUGAUGCUUUACAUCUGAAAAAGGAAGCUAUCGCUUACUUUCCAUUAAUUGUACUUAUGGCUGGAUCUAUCACAACCUUCUUUAUUAAGUUUGUUACAAAAAAGAUUGGCGGUCAGUGGACGUACACCUUAGGUGCUUUAAUGAUUGUAGGAUCAAGCAUUUGGCUAUUUAUUGUUGAUAAAAAGCAUACGAAAUCUGUUUAUGGAGCAGCUUGGUUGGCGGGAAGUGGUAACUCUGUUAUUUUGGUUACAUCCCUUGCUAACAUGGCUGAGCUGAUUGGUACCAAUAAGGUAGCAACAAUGACUUCCGACUUUGUGUUGUUUUUACUAACUGUUUUGAUUUCGAAUAUAUUAUAAGUUAUUUUUUCCUUACUUCCUAGAGAUCAAGUGGUUUUGUGUACUCUGCAAUUAGCUUUAUAGAGAAGCUGUUGGUUGGAACGGUCAUUUUUAUCAUUCAAACUGUAAGGCCAAAUGUACGAUCAGGGUGAGUUUUAAGGUUAUUCUAGAAUGACUGAAUUAGUUUGUUUAUAACCUGUUUUCUAUAAUGAUACAUUUUUUUCAAGGUUUGUGUGUGAGGAAUGUGAAGUCUUCUCCAAGGUUGUUCAAGCUGCAAUUCCUGGCGCAUGCGCUUUGAUUGGUAUAUUUGCAGUUGUUUUUCUUCCUCCUUUUGGGUUAAGGCGCUUACAAUAUAGUACGUAGAUGUUUUAUUUUUUAAAAAGUAUUAUUAUAAUUUAAAAGUUUAAAUUAACAGUAUCAAUAAUUAUACUUAAACUUCUAGGUAAGCAAUCAUCAGCUCCUGUUAUCAGUGAAAAAAGUGUGUCGCAUUCCACUAAAAAGUCUAAACUAUCACGUGAUAUUCAAGUUAUCGGAAAACAACACAUUUACGUCAUUCAAUUAGGUCAAACAACCUCGUCAAACACACUUAAGAGUUCACGUAAGAUACAGACAGGGUGAGAAGCCAUGGAGAAAUGAAAUUUUUACGUGUAAUUAUUAUUUAAUGCUUGUUUGGCCUAUCUAGAAAUCCAAGUUAGGCAAAGGA